AUGAGGAGGGAUGUGUUGGAUAUUAAUGAUGUGAUGGAAAAGAAAGUGAGAACAGAUGAUGGGUAUAGUGUAUUACUAGGUGGAAAUUACAAAGAGGGAUUCAGACUGAAAGGAUCAGAUGUUGACAUGAUGUUCUGGCCAAAUAAUCACCGUGUGAUCUGGGAAUUAUCUCAGUCUCAGUAUUACAACACACACAGACAAACACUGAUCCUCUGUGACUGUUCUGAUAGUCCACCAGGGUACACUUUGUUGUAUUUACUGUCACCAAGUACCAACAUAGUUGCCCAAAUAGUUUGUGUCAGAAUUUAUAACAGGCAUUAUAUAUCUAGUUCUAAAUACCGACAGAUUAUGUGUUCUGCAUCACCUCGUCAUACUGUUCCACAUGGACCAUGUUCCAGUGGAACAUUUAGAAAACUCGAUUAUGAUAAUGCUCACAGUUUUGUUAGUGACUUAUGGCUUCCAUCUGCCUCCUCAUGGAUAGAUAGAUGUCAAUCACAGCCUCAUGUUGUGAAUGAUAUAGUGAGAAAUCGAUGUCACUUUGUAGCAGUUGGACAUAAGCUAGGUAGACAUGAAAACCACGAAUGGAGAAUUUCCUUCUCUCUGGCAGAACAAAAACUAGUGUAUUCAAUGAACCACUGUCAAUUUUUAACCUACGGCUUACUUUAA